CAGCUCUUCAACGUCGGCGGUUCGUGGCUCGGAAAACGCGGAAGGCCCCCGACUCGGGCCCCACACACACUCACACCCGAACACACCUACACACCCAUACACACAAAAACGGUGACAGUGUGCUCCAUAUGUGUAAUCAAAAAGCGUUCGGAGCCCCGCACUAAGAGCAAAGCGUUUAUAUAUAGAAAAUUUCCUACGCACAGCUGAGGAAAACUAAAAUACGAAAAUAAAUUACGAGAAUCACAUCCACGUCCACUUUGGCCGACCCGAAAUGAAAAGUUACAUUUUCUUCUGUGGUGUUUACGUGGCCAGCGAGUGUACGCAAUAAUCACGGUUAUUGUUAUUAUUAUUUUCAGUACGCAUACGCCCAGCGUGUCGUCGGUCGUUCGGUUUGUGGUGAAUGUAAAGAGUGAGAAGAAAAAAUAAAAGCAAGAAAGAAAGAAAAUCCCAUCGCUGCUGGCGUCGCUGUCGGCGCUGCGACUCCACCCAAAAUUGUAUAUCAAUUUUGAGGGGUUCUCCCGGUGCGGUGCGGUUGGCACCCUGUCGAUGCCAUAGUGUCCAGUUCUACAUACAUAUAUCCAAUCCCAGCGAGAAUCGUCGUAGCGAAACAACAAGGAAAAUGCGAGAAAAAUGUUUGGUUUAUGCGAAAAGUUGAUGACACAUUUUGCUGUCAUUUUGACCGCAUUUCUCGUCUCCCAGCCGCUGUUGUUGUUGCUGAUUUGCGGGCCGCCAGCGACGACGCCGCAUGGCGGCGGUUCCACCUUAUCCUCGUCCAUCUUGGUGCAGGCCUCAGCAGCAGAUGAAGCCGUGGGCAAAUGGGCCACAAAGUUUGGGGACGAGCUGUUCCUGCUGGCGCAGAAAAUCACCAAAUCGCAGGAGAUCAAGGAGAAGUACAAGGAGUACAAUGCCCGUGUAGAGCUGAAGAAUGGCACCGAGCUGAUCCAGUCAAUUACGGCCAAUGUGGGCAAGAUGCUGGCACGCAAAAUGGACGCGGUGCGCUGCAUACAGGAGAAGGCGGAGAGCGUCUACGAGAACUUUGAGUUCAAUCUCACCUAUGCGGAGGCCAACUACACCUACUUCUCCAGCAAGUACUCGACGUUCAACGGGAACAGCUCCGAGGAGCUGGAGCCAAAUGAGGCCGAGUUUGCGUGGAUGUACCGCGAGAUGGAGCUCAAUCCGGACACGCACUUCUACAACACGCCCGUGGACACGGAGCACAGUUCGGUGCAUGUGCCCUCCAACGUUUGGGAUCGCUCGAAGCGUGUGCUAAAGACCAUUAUGUGGUCGGAGCAGCUGGACGAGGUCUUUCGGCAGAACUACCAAUCGGAUCCGGCCCUCUCCUGGCAGUACUUUGGCUCCGACACGGGCAUACUGCGUCACUAUCCCGCCUCUCAAUGGACAGAUCCGCGCCCCAAUCGCCUGGACGCCGACAUCUACGACUGUCGCAAGCGUUCCUGGUACAUUGAGACGGCAACGUGCUCAAAGGACAUUGUCAUCCUACUGGACCACUCCGGCUCGAUGACAGGCUUCCGACAUCACGUGGCCAAGUUCACCAUACGCAGCAUCCUCGACACCUUCUCCAACAACGACUUCUUUACCAUCUUCAACUACUCCGCCGGCGUGGACGACAUCAUACCCUGCUUCAACGGCGCCCUUGUCCAGGCCACGCCCGAGAACAUUGAGGUGUUCAACGAAGCCAUUGCCAAUCUGCCGGACCCGGAGGGCUAUGCCAAUCUCACGCUCGCCUACGAAAAGGCCUUCCAGCUGCUGCACACCUACUACGAGAAGCGGCACUGCAGCGCGAACUCCACCUGCAAUCAGGCCAUCAUGCUGGUCACCGACGGCGUGGCCGGCAACACCACCGAAGUUUUCCAGAAGUACAACUGGGGGAAUGGCGAGAAUGGCACCUCCCACAUGAACGUGCGAAUAUUCACUUAUCUUCUGGGCAAGGAAGUGACGAAGGUGCGCGAGAUCCAGUGGAUGGCUUGCCUGAAUCGUGGCUACUACUCGCAUGUUCAGUCCCUGGACGAGGUGCACGAGGAGGUGCUCAAGUACGUCGAUGUCAUAGCCACGCCCUUGGUGCUGCAAAAUGAACAGCAUCCGCCCACCUGGACACACGCCUUUACGGACAAAACGUAUGAUCCAAAGACCUCGGAUGAUCGACGGCCGCGUCUCAUGAUAGCGGUGGGAGUGCCCGCCUUUGACCGCUUCUAUCGCCACGAGAACAGCACCAAUCGAAGGGCACGCCUUUUAGGUGUGGCGGGUACAGAUGUGCCCGUGGAGGACAUAGACAAGCUGACGCUUCCCUACAAGCUGGGCGUCAAUGGGUACUCCUUUGUGGUGUCCAACAAUGGAUAUGUUCUGCUGCAUCCCGAUCUACGGCCACUUGGGACGAAUGGCAAAAUGAAUCCCAACUACAACAGCAUCGAUUUCACCGAGGUAGAACAUCUCUUCGAGGAUCAGAGUCCCCGCGAGCCGGGUGAAUCGAUUCUGAAGAUACGCAGCGCCAUGGUGCGCCAUGAGGCCAAGGAGUUCAAGGAUAUCUCGGUGAAAUUCCACUACGACAAGAUGCGACGCGUGUCGGAGGAGAUGCAGGACUACUUCUUUGCCCCCCUGCCCAAUACACCGUUCACAUUGGGCAUUGUGAUGCCCAGCGAGUAUGGCAAGACGUGGAUCAAGGUCGGCGAAGAGGUACUCAAGAACAUACACAUGAAGGUCAAUAUAUCGGACUUUUUCAUCGGGGAGAACUGGAAAGUUCAUCCAGACUGGGUCUACUGCAAGUAUCACUAUCUGGAGGGCCAUGAGUUCAAGACACCCGAGGCGGAGUUGCGUGAGUUUCUGGGCAAAAUGGUCAAGGGCAAGUGGAAGUGGGCGGAGCAAUAUGCCGAGGACGAGUCCGACUGGGAUGACAAAGAUGAUUUGAACUGCGGUCGUAAGACCCUGGGCGAUGAUGCCUACUAUUGCAACAAGGAGCUGGUACAUCUGCUCAUCUUCGACGCCAAGGUGACAAACUCCAGCUAUGGCGAGUGGAAGUUUGAGAACGAGGAGGAGCGCCAGCUAAUUACACGCUUCGGUGCCACUCUGCGUUUCGUGGCCACGAUGAGCGGACUGACCCGCUGGCAAUUCAUCUUUGGAGAGGUGGAGGUGGACACGGAUCGAGAGUUCGGCGACUAUCACACAACAGCCAUCGAUGAGACCUGGUACAAGAGCGCCAUUCUGCAGCAUCACGAGGAUCGCACGGAGAGCUUCGUUUACUCCGUGAAGCACUACAACGAUCCAAUGGAGGACAGCGACCUCAAGGUGACCGCUUCGCAUGCCAUUUUCCCGCGCGAUGGUGGCAAGGAGGCGCCCGCGUGCGUCGUGGGCUUUCAGUUCUCACACGCACGCAUGUGGGAGCGAUUCUUCAGCAUCACCGCUGUGGAUAACUGCAACCAUUGCCUGCCCAUCUGCACUGAUGAUGAUGUGGAUUGUGUGGUCAUUGACAAUAACGCGUACAUUGUGAUUGGCCAGAAUAUGAACACCACGGGAAAGUUCUUUGGCGAGUUCCAUGGCGACGUUAUGGCUGCCAUGGUGGAGAAGGGCAUCUUUCAGGCCAUCGAGGUGUACGAUUACCAAGUGCAGUGCAAGGAGGAGCCUAAGACAAACAGCGAUGGACACAGCCUGCUGCAUCCCUUGCGCCUGCUGAGUUUGGGUUGGAAGUGGCUGGUGGCACGGCUCUUCUUUCAGUACCAGAGAAUCCAAUGGUGGGUGGAUGGAGCACCCUUCAUGGAAUAUACGGACGAUAUUGAGGAUGAAUACGUGGCCGUGGGGGAGAGUAAUUCAGGCGGAGCUGCCAAGCCGAAAGAAGACAGCGAUGAUGACGAUGCGCUGUUCCAGGAACCCGAGCCGGAUCCCAUCUAUCAUCCAUGCGACAUGCGAUCCACGCUCUACGCCCUCCAGCCCGCUGCCCUGAUAGGCAUCAAUGACUUUGUCGAGGUCCCAUCGACGCGUCCGUUUCUGGUCAAGAAAAUACCCAACUCCAAUCUGCUGCUGGUCGUGGUCAAUGUCCUGAUGCCGUCACGUAGUGUGCGGCUCACAACCGAGCCCCAGCCGAUCUUGGAAUACAGCAAGGAGUUUCCCUGCUACAAGCUCAAUAUGAGCUUCUACGAGAGGCGACGCAUCGAAGAGUGUUACACAGAACACGAGAAUGAGGAACUGUACACCUAUUGCGGCAAUGCCUCGCGGCUGGUUCUGACGCUCCAGCUGCUGCCGCUGACCAUAAUUUUGAUGUUUUACUUAACGCGCUGCUUUAUGCGUUAAAUUAUAUAUACACAACUAUAUACACCUAUGUAUAUGUACUAUACGAUUUGUUGAUUAUAAUUACAUAUACGAGUGUAUAAUUUUUUGUUUCCUAUAGAUUGUAAACUAUUCUGUAGUCAAAUUCUAGUCGAAUGUUUAACAAGCAAAACCAAACCAAAACUGGCACAAUCUUUGGAACUAAACCACUUUUAGCGAGAGCAAUUUCAACUUUUAGACUUACAAAC